UCCAAGAUAAUGCUUUUAUAUGGUUACUUUCAUAUUUUGCUCUUUACUUGACAAACUGUGUGCUAGUAACCCGUUUCCUCCCAUCCAGGCUGUCCUACAGUAAAAACGGAGUCAUCCGGAUGGAUGGCUUCUCCAAUCCGGACCAGUUUGACGACGAAGCCCUGGCCCUGUGGGUCCCCGGGCUGAUGGAGGAGAGCCAACUGGACCAAACCACAGCCAAGUACAUCCUCAGCUUCAUAGGAGACAAGUUUUGUCAGAUGGUUGUGACCGAGAACACCGCAGCCACCUGGGUCAAGAAGGAUGCCAAGUUGGCGUGGAAGCGAGCGGUGAGGGGGGUGAGAGAGAUGUGUGACGCCUGCGAGGCGACACUCUUCAACAUCCACUGGGUCUGUCAGAAGUGUGGCUUUGUUGUCUGCUUGGACUGCUACAAGGCCAAGGAGAGAAGGAGCUCCAAAGAUAAAGAGCUCUACGGCUGGCUGAAGUGUGUGAAAGGCCAACCCCACGACCACAAACACCUCAUGCCCACACAGAUCAUACCUGGCACAGUGCUGUCAGAGUUGGUGGCUUCCAUGCACGCUCUGAGAGAAAAACACAACAUCAAACCCCACUGUCCCUGCACCAACAAGCAGAACCUCCUCACCAAACUACCAGCCACCAACGGGGUCUCACAGGUUCUGCAGAACGUCCUGAACCACAGUAACAAACUGUCUCUGGUGAAGGCUGAGCCGGGCUCUCAGCAGAACUCCGACCAAGGAGGAACUAAGGUGGAGACCAACGGAGGAGGCGGUGGGGGAAGCAGUCCAGGCAGUGAUGCAGGAAGUGCUCCCGUCACCCCGCCCGAGUCCCAGUCGCCUCUGCACUUCCUGGCUGAACUGGCAGAGCAAAAAUCCAGGGAGGAAAAGAAAGAAAACAAGUCAGUGCUGCUGGGUAAAUCAGUGAAGGAAGACAAGGUGGGGGACAGCCUGGAGGUCCUGCAGCAGUGUAAAACCACGUCACUGGUGGCCAACAGUACGGAGCAGGGCUCCACACUCAGAGACCUGCUCACCACCACAGCAGGGAAGCUGAAGCUGGGCUCUACCGACGCAGGAAUUGCCUUUGCCCCGGUCUACUCUACUGCGUCACAGACUGGAAAAGGUGGGAGGAGCAUGCCCAAUAUCCUUGACGACAUCAUUGCCUCUGUGGUUGAGAAUAAAAUCCCCGCCAGCCGCCAGAGCAUCACCACCAAGCUGUCAAUCAAGCACGAGCCCGUCACCCCGGGCAACAACAACAACAACAACCCCGCCCCUGCUAUCACUGAGGAUGCCAAACCAGACAGGAAGAAGUCUGCGCACGUUACUGCUGCAGUGCCAGAGGAAUCGACCAAUCAGUAUCCAGAUAUUCCCCACUGCUGGUUAAACAACAGACGGUUACUGUGGCUCAAAGAUCACCGCAACCAGAACAACUGGAAGCUGUUCAGAGAGUGCUGGAGACAAGGACAGCCUGUGUUGGUGUCGGGGAUCCAUAAGCGACUCAAUGGCGGCCUGUGGAAAGCUGAGUCCUUCAACCAGGAGUUUGCGGACCAUCAGGGAGACCUCCUCAACUGUAAAGACCAGGUAGUGUCCAACUCCGGGAUCAAGGAGUUCUGGGAUGGAUUUGAGGACAUCACCAAGCGACCCAAGUCCAAGGAUGGAGAACCGAUGGUCUACAGACUGAAGGACUGGCCGUCUGGGGAGGAGUUCAUGGCCCUCAUGCCCUCCAGAUAUGAUGACUUGAUGAAGAACCUGCCCCUGCCAGAGUACUCGGAUCCAGAGGGCAGCCUCAACCUGGCCUCCCACCUGCCAUCUUUCUUUGUCCGGCCCGACCUGGGGCCCAGACUGUGCUGUGCCUACGGUGUAGCUGCGUCUCAGGACCAGGACUUCGGGACCGCCAACCUCCACGUGGAAGUCUCCGAUGUCGUCUCCGUUCUGGUCUAUGUAGGAGUGGCCAAAGGCAACGGAGUCCUGUCCAAAACUGGAGUGCUGAAGCGUCUGGAGGAGGAGGAUAUCGAUGAGGGGGUCCGAAGGAGGCUCAAAGACUCCAGCGAGACACCAGGGGCUCUGUGGCACAUCUACCUCAACAAAGACAUGGACAAAGUGCGAGAGUUCCUGCACCAGGAGCAGGGAUCGGACGCGACGGCGGACCAGGACCCAAUCAGAGAGCAGGGCUCAUACCUGAGCAGGAAGCAGCGUCAGCGGCUGCUGGAUGAACACGGAGUCCAGGGCUGGACUGUGGUUCAAUUCCUGGGAGACUCUGUACUCAUACCAGCAGGGGCCAUGCAUCAGGUCCAGAACCUCCACAGCUGUGUCCAGGUCAUCAACGACUUUGUGUCUCCCGAGCAUGUGGCCAACUCCUUCCAGCUGACCCAGGAGCUCCGGCCCAGUAGAGAGGAGGUCAACUACGAGGAUAAACUACAGGUGAUGGGCCGUCCUUUAACACAGCAUAGGAUGGAGACGCUUUUUAUUAGAUCAGAGGAGUCCCUCUCACAUUGACAUCGCUGGUGGGAUUUUGGCUGUGCAGCUUAAAGGGACAGUUCAGGUGUUGUGUAGUGUGGUUGCAUGAGGUACUCGUCCAUAGUCGCUGUGUUACUACAGUAGAUGACAGCAGCAUCAGCACAGGAGCAGAGCAGUGUACUGCUGUGGACCUGUUGCACCUCAUAAAAGCUUCGUGCUCACUGCAUAUGAUGCGUGUUCAAUUUUUCACCGGUUCAUCUCGCAGAGAUCUCUGCCGGUUGAAUUGAUCUGUGCUCUCAUCAACGCCACCAGACGCUGGUGAAAUCACUAUUGUUGACUUUGGUGAAUUCAGACGAACAAAAGUCACACAACAAAUGCACCGAUGGAGGGUUAGGGUUAGAGUCCCCGAGGGGCCGCAGUAGACCAGAGACUCCUGUGUUCUGCCACGUAAAAUACCUCAUACAACCCCACUCUAACACACCUGAACUAUCCCUUUAAGGCAACAUCCAUCGUCUGUUACUGAUUCAGAGUCAGCCUCUCUCUUUCCUCAUCUCUCACUCGCUGUAGUGUGUGUGUGUGUGUGUGCAAGGACAAACAAGAGUGGCAGAGUGAGUCAUCAUCAGUGAUGUUCUCUGGACAUCGAGUCCUGAACACACACACACACACACUCUCUGGAUUGUAAAGUGCGCUUUAUACUUGCUGUAGUGAAGCCGGCACCGGACGCAUGCGUCUGAAAAUGACAUCAACAUGGCUUGCGCAUCGAAUGCGAAGGGUGCUAGAUCUAGGGUUAUUAAAAUGUUUUUUUGAAGCACUACAUGUUUGAGGCUUUUACAACGACAGACAAUACGUUUCUAACUGCUUUAGAAACAGGAGGUCUUAAAAAUCUACAUUUGAGUAUUUAUUGUACAAGACAAAUGAACUAGUUUACAGGAUCUGGGAUGACCUCUGUCCUGAAACAUCGUGCUUCAGACAUGUUUUUACUGUCAGAGUCUGAUGCUCUGCUCACACUACGAGACACAAAGCCACAUUCUACCAGUGGUGGGCCGUCAGGGCCUGCAAGGCCU